CUCCGGGCAGCGGCGGCCGCGGGCCCAGGCGGAGCGAGUGGAGCGGAGAGGAGCAGACAAGGGCGGCCGCCGCAGCUCCGGAUGGGACCAGCGCCGGGCCCGCUGGUGGAGCAGGAGCUCCGGGAGAAGCCUUCACAGGGAGAUUUCCCCUCGCCUUCCCUGCCCUCCCGCCCAGGCCUCGCUUCGCUGCCCGCCCGCCCCGGUCCCAGUCCUUCCGCGGCGCGGCGCCCUCCCACCUCAGCCCCUUUUUCGCAGCUCUCUGCCUGCCCAGCCCCUUCAGCCGUGGGGUCCCUCCGGGCCAGUUCUUUGUACCGGCCUCUUCCAACCCCCACGCCCCCAGCCCGUCCCGGGCUCAGGUCCCCUUCUUUUCGGCUUUGGAUUCCUCAGGCCACUUUACCCCUCACUGUCCCCAUCCCUGUGGCAGGCCCCCUCGGCCCCCUUUCCUGCUGCCACCCUCGCUGUGGUCCUCGGUGCUUGCCCUAGGCUGGGAGCCCACUCCUUGCUCACCCUGAGGGUCCCUCCCAUCUUCCCCCGGGUCCCAGCACUUUCUGCAGCCCAGCAGACUUAGCUUGUCCCCCUUCUCUUCCUGGCCAUCUUCCACAGCCUCCAGGCUGGGUGGUGCUUGUGCCUGCCCGGUAGGCCAGAGUGGCCCCAGGUUCUGGGGGUGGUGGCGCUGCUGCUUUAUCCCCAUGGCACUGCCAUCACUGUUGCUGGUGGUGGCAGCCCUGGCAGGUGGGGUGCAUCCUCCAGGGGCGCAGAACCUGACUCUGGCAGUCGUGCUGCCCGAACACAACCUGAGCUACGCUUGGGCCUGGCCACGGGUGGGUCCUGCUGUGGCACUAGCUGUGGAGGCGCUGGGCCGGGCACUGCCCGUGGACCUGCGGUUUGUCAGCUCGGAACUAGAUGGCGCCUGCUCUGAGUACCUGGCACCGCUGCGCGCUGUGGACCUCAAGCUGUACCAUGACCCUGACCUUCUUUUGGGCCCGGGUUGCGUGUACCCCGCUGCCUCUGUGGCCCGCUUUGCCUCACACUGGCGUCUUCCUUUGCUGACUGCGGGUGCAGUGGCCUCUGGUUUUGCUGCUAAGAAUGAACAUUAUCGUACCCUGGUUCGCACUGGUCCCUCUGCUCCCAAGCUGGGUGAGUUUGUGGUGACAUUACACGGGCACUUCAACUGGACUUCCCGCGCUGCCUUGCUGUAUCUGGAUGCCCGCACAGAUGACCGGCCUCACUACUUCACCAUCGAGGGUGUCUUUGAGGCCCUGCAGGGCAGCAACCUCAGUGUGCAGCACCAGGUGUACGCCCGUGAGCCAGGCGGCCCCGAACAGGCCACGCACUUCAUUCGGGCCAACGGGCGCAUUGUGUACAUCUGUGGCCCUCUGGAGAUGCUGCACGAGAUCCUGCUUCAGGCCCAGAGGGAGAACCUGACCAAUGGGGACUAUGUCUUCUUUUACCUGGAUGUCUUUGGGGAGAGCCUCCGUGCGGGCCCCACACGCUCUACAGGCCGGCCCUGGCAGGACAAUCGCACCCAGGAGCAAACCCAGGCCCUCAGACAGGCCUUUCAGACCGUCCUGGUGAUCACAUACCGAGAACCCCCAAAUCCUGAGUACCAGGACUUCCAGAAUCGUCUGCUGAUAAGAGCCCGGGAAGAUUUUGGUGUGGAGCUGACCCCGUCCCUGAUGAACCUCAUUGCUGGCUGCUUCUAUGACGGGAUCCUGCUCUACGCUGAAGUCCUGAAUGAGACAAUACAGGAGGGAGGCACCCGGGAAGAUGGACUUCGAAUCGUGGAGAAGAUGCAGGGACGAAGAUACCAUGGUGUAACAGGGCUGGUUGUUAUGGACAAGAACAAUGACCGGGAGACUGACUUCGUCCUGUGGGCCAUGGGAGACCUGGAUUCUGGGGACUUUCAGCCAGCAGCCCACUACUCAGGAGCUGAGAAGCAGAUUUGGUGGACAGGCCGGCCUAUUCCCUGGGUGAAGGGGGCCCCCCCUUUGGACAACCCCCCCUGUGCCUUUGACCUGGACGACCCAUCCUGUGAUAAAACUCCGCUUUCCACUCUGGCAAUUGUGGCUCUGGGCACAGGAAUCACCUUCAUCAUGUUUGGUGUUUCCAGCUUCCUAAUUUUCCGAAAGCUGAUGCUGGAGAAGGAGCUGGCCAGCAUGCUGUGGCGCAUUCGUUGGGAGGAACUGCAGUUUGGCAACUCAGAGCGUUACCACAAAGGUGCAGGCAGCCGCCUCACCCUGUCACUGCGGGGAUCCAGUUACGGCUCGCUCAUGACAGCCCAUGGGAAAUACCAGAUCUUUGCCAACACCGGUCACUUCAAGGGAAACGUGGUCGCCAUCAAACACGUGAAUAAGAAGCGCAUUGAGCUGACUCGGCAGGUUCUGUUCGAACUCAAACAUAUGAGAGAUGUUCAGUUCAACCAUCUCACUCGAUUCAUCGGUGCCUGCAUAGACCCUCCCAACAUUUGCAUCGUCACUGAGUAUUGUCCCCGUGGGAGUUUACAGGAUAUUCUAGAAAAUGACAGCAUCAACUUGGACUGGAUGUUUCGUUAUUCUCUCAUUAAUGACCUUGUUAAGGGCAUGGCCUUUCUCCACAACAGCAUUAUAUCGUCUCAUGGAAGCCUCAAGUCCUCCAACUGUGUGGUGGAUAGUCGUUUCGUGCUCAAAAUCACAGACUAUGGCCUGGCCAGCUUCCGAUCAACUGCUGAACCUGAUGACAGCCACGCCCUCUAUGCCAAGAAGCUGUGGACUGCCCCAGAACUGCUCAAUGGGAACUCCUUGCCAACCACAGGAAUGCAGAAAGCUGAUGUCUACAGUUUUGGGAUCAUCCUACAGGAGAUAGCACUUCGCAGUGGUCCUUUCUACUUAGAGGGCCUGGAUCUUAGCCCUAAAGAGAUUGUCCAGAAGGUCCGAAAUGGUCAGCGACCAUAUUUUCGGCCAACCAUUGACCGGACCCAACUGAAUGAAGAGCUAGUUUUGUUGAUGGAGCGAUGUUGGGCCCAGGACCCUGCUGAGCGACCAGAUUUCGGACAGAUCAAAGGCUUCAUUCGCCGUUUUAACAAGGAGGGUGGCACCAGCAUAUUGGAUAACCUCCUGCUGCGCAUGGAACAGUAUGCUAAUAACCUGGAGAAGCUGGUGGAGGAACGCACACAGGCCUAUCUGGAGGAGAAGCGGAAGGCUGAGGCUCUGCUCUACCAGAUUCUACCCCACUCUGUGGCAGAGCAGUUAAAGCGGGGAGAGACUGUACAGGCUGAGGCCUUUGACAGUGUCACCAUCUACUUCAGCGACAUCGUUGGCUUCACAGCGCUGUCAGCUGAGAGCACCCCCAUGCAGGUGGUGACACUUCUUAAUGACCUGUAUACCUGCUUUGAUGCCAUAAUUGACAACUUUGACGUCUACAAGGUGGAGACGAUUGGGGAUGCGUACAUGGUGGUGUCUGGUCUCCCGGGCCGAAAUGGUCAACGCCACGCACCAGAAAUUGCUCGGAUGGCCCUAGCAUUACUAGAUGCGGUUUCUUCCUUCCGCAUCCGCCACCGGCCCCAUGACCAGCUAAGGCUACGCAUAGGGGUGCACACUGGACCAGUUUGUGCUGGGGUUGUUGGCCUGAAGAUGCCCCGCUAUUGUCUUUUUGGAGACACAGUCAACACUGCUUCUCGAAUGGAAUCUAAUGGUCAAGCCCUGAAGAUCCAUGUCUCCUCCACCACCAAGGAUGCACUGGAUGAGCUGGGAUGCUUCCAGCUGGAGCUUCGGGGAGAUGUGGAAAUGAAGGGCAAAGGAAAGAUGCGAACUUACUGGCUCCUCGGAGAGCGGAAAGGACCUUCUGGGCUCCUAUAAACUCCAUUUCAUCCCAAGUCAGGCAAUCUCUUGCUGCUGGUAUGUGGAUGGUCAUAGCUGCCAUCUCUCCACCACCAGAAACAGACGUUAUCACAUGAGGUGGAAAUGUGCACAAAAAGCCUACUCAUGUGGAAGUUGAAGCCCUCUGCAGCUCAGCCUUGUAUAUAUACCUGUUCUUCUCUGACUUGGUUCCCUUCCUCCCUUCCUUCUGUAAAUAUCUGUAUCUAAACCAGACUAUUUUGGCCACAUAUAAAACAACAAUAAGAAGUCA